GACCUGAGCCCCAGCGCCGGGCCCCUCGCCACCCCGCCCCGUCAGCCGCCACCGGGCUAAAGGCCCCUCGCGAUGUCCUGCGCGGGCCGGCGCCCCGCGGCCGGGGGCAGGGCCGCUCCUGGCAGCCGCCCGCGCCGCCUCACGGCCCUCACGAUCAAGCCCCCGAGCGAGGACCCGCCAUGGCCGCCGCCAUGGCUGCCGCCAGCGGCUGCGCCGGCUGCCUAGAGCGCGCCGACGGCUGCGACGCCGCGCAGGAAAAGUUGCACCCAAGAAAUCUUAUCCCAGAACUUUGUAGACUGUUUUAUAGUUUAGGCUGGGUAACAGGAACUGGUGGAGGAAUCAGCUUGAAACAUGGGAAUGAAAUCUACAUCGCUCCUUCAGGAGUCCAGAAGGAAAGAAUACAGCCAGAAGAUAUGUUUGUUUGUGACAUAAAAGAACAGGACAUCAGUGGACCUCCACCACACAAGAAACUAAAGAAAAGCCAGUGCACACCUCUUUUUAUGAAUGCUUACACUAUGAGAGGAGCAGGUGCAGUGAUCCAUACUCAUUCCAAGGUUGCGGUUAUGGCUACCCUUCUUUACCCAGGGAGUGAGUUCAGUAUUACCCAUCAGGAGAUGAUAAAAGGAAUCCAGAAGUGUACUUCAGGAGGAUAUUACCGAUAUGAUGAUAUGCUAGUGGUUCCCAUUAUUGAGAAUACACCGGAAGAGAAAGAUCUCAAGGAAAGAAUGGCACGUGCAAUGGAACAAUACCCAGACUCUUGUGCUGUAUUGGUCAGACGUCAUGGAGUUUAUGUAUGGGGAGAAACAUGGGAAAAAGCCAAAACGAUGUGUGAGUGUUAUGAUUACCUAUUCGACAUCGCAGUGCAGAUGAAGCAGCAUGGGCUAGAUCCUUCAAAACAUCCAUCAGGAGAAAAUGGGAUCCUGUAAAUGGCAACAACAUUUAUAUUCAGAGGUUUCUUCUUACAUCAUUAUGAGAGUUCCAGGUUCUGUGUCACACCACUGAAACCAGAAGAGAGUGCUGUUAUACUCAGUUGAGUGGCAGAUGCUACCCAUCAGUUUUGACAAUCAAAGAGAAAAAGGAGAGCUGAAAUGAAGAAAAUCCUGAACAGUCAUUGCUAUUUAUGAAUACUGUCGAAGACUACAGUGGGAGAAAUGAAAAUUGAGAUGUAAAAACUGUCUUUGAAGAAAGCUAUGGAGAAUUAAUGUGACAUUUUGUUUGCAUGUUUUAAAAAUUCACAUUUCUUGAUCCUGAUCCUCUGCUAGAUCAUUUAACUUGCUCUGGAUCUUGAUUUCUGAAAGAAAAAGCAGCCUUUAAACUUAAGAAAAAAAGUGGGACCCCCCCCAAUUAAGUUAGAUGUAGAGUUUAAAGCAUUUGUUGAACUCUUGGUUCAUUUAUACUAUGUUAAUAAGAUUUCUGUGAAAUUAAGCAUAUGUAUUUUUAAUCCUCUUUUAAUUGUCGUUAUAAGGAGUAGGAGACAUAAUUUUAUAACUUGCAUUUGGAAAUUAUUACUGAGGAGAAUACUUUUGAUCUUGUCUAUUUUUUACCUCUGUAAAUCCUUACCCUUUCAAUAAAAUUUUAAGACUGUUACGAUUUUAAAACAGCUUUUUAUGUCCUAUGAUUACCGAGCCUAGAGUAGAUUUAAUCUAACAUUAUGAUUCCAAUAGGAAGCUCAUUAAAAUAGUCUCAGAUAUUUAUAUAUUUUACCUGUGUAUCUUCUUUCAAGACCUCAUGGAAUGGCCCCCAGCUGAAGCAAUCAAAGCCUCGGUUGGCCAGCUUUCUGACUGACUGUUGAGGCUCUAGUCCCUAGGAUGACAUGAGAGUGAAUGAGAGCCAAUCAGCCAACUUACGCUGCCAGAGGGAGAGGUCUUGUUUUCCCUCCUGUUUUCUGCUGGGGGCUAUGCAUUCCCACCACCUCCUUUGCAUCUUCUCUGGCGCUUGUUUGAGCUUCCAUGAGGUGAAUUAAUUCAUUAACCUAAGGGAAAACUACUGUUGGGGAAAAAGAAGAAAAUUAUAUUGUUUCCUAAUCAGUCACUGAUAAGUUGAAUCAGCUCAGAGAUCAGUCCAGCGAGUACCAGAGCUGGGACAGAAAUGGAGAUGGCUAGAAUGGGGGACGAAGGAAGAAGAGGGAGACCCUCCCCGUUUUGAUGGCAAUGACUGUUUAACUUGCUCAGCUGCUCGUGGAAAGGCAUCCUCAAGAAGUCGGAAAGAAACUUCGUAUAUUUGACUCCCAUUUAAUAGCAUUGACUUGCUUUAGUUAUGUAUGCCAGACUACUGAAAAUAGCACAAGAUAUUCUGUUGGUAUGCUGGUAAUUGUGUUGUGCUGAACUUACACAAUAAACACGCUGUUUUGGC